AUGUCCUACCACUCUAAACUUGAGUUACAAAGAUUUCUCAAUCAGACGAGUAUUAACUAUAGUAGGGGCGAUUCUGAUAGUUUAAAACGUUGCUUAUCUCAUUUUAUUAAUCUCAGAAGGGAUUUUGAAACAUUCCGCAGAGAGAAUCUUCAUAAAACACCUGAUGUAAAUAUAUACCAUUUUGUACAGUUUUUGGCUUUACACGGCCUUACAACACGCUUACCUCGUGAGGCCGAUAGAUUUAAAUUUGUUCUCAAUCUGGCUAUUCAACAACAAUGGUGUGAUAAUUUAGUAAACAUAUUCCAAUACGUAAAAUUCACACCAAUGGCCAAUGUUCAGAGAUGCCUUCUUCAUCCAACAUUUUCACUUUUUGAGGGAUUCUGUUUAGUUCACCAAAUGGCUCUUGAAAAUUGUCUAUAUCAAAAUAUAGUCAAUAUUAUUCCCCAAUUUGAACCAUUUAUCCUUUCUUACAUUACAUUCUACCAUUAUCAAGAUACAACAAUAGUAAUUACAUAUACAAAAGAACGUAAAAAGAAUCGAAUGAUACAUAAAUACAUAUGCAUAAACGAUGACAUCUGGAUAUACGGUAAUACAAAGAUUCCACUCAUCAAAGCGAAGUUUUGUUCAGAUUUCCUCCAAAAGGAAACCGCUCAAACAGAAAUAACCGAUCCUUCAUAUUUAGCAAUUGAUUCAAAGAUUGAUAAAGUUAUUUCAGAAAUUCAAGAAACUGCACCAUCCGAUUCUGAGUUCGAAAUCUUUUCGAACGGAACGAUUGUUUGGUAG